AUGCAAAUCAAGGAUUAUCUCUAUAGGAAGAAGUUGCAUCUGUCGCUUCUAGGAGAAGAACCUGCUACUAUGAAGGACGAAGAAUGGACUCUCCUUGACAGACAAAACUAUGUAGCAGGAGAUUUUGGUAAGGUGUAUUUGGCUGAUGGUAUAGCCUUGGCUGUUGUGGGUAUGGGAAACAUUCGGAUGUCGUUGCCCAAUGGGUCUGUUUGGUUACUAGAGAAGGUUACAAAUGGAGCCAGAGUAUUGGCUCAUGGAAAGAAAUCCGGUACUCUAUACAUGACCUCAAGUCCAAGAGACACAAUUGUAGUUGCUAAAGCAAGAAAGCAGAAAAAGGUGGGUUUCUUGAAAACUGGCAGGACACCGAAGGCUAAAAAUUUGGAGUUAGUGCACACAGAUUUGUGGGGGCCUUCUCUUGUUGCUUCCCUUGGAGGUUCAAGAAUGCAAAAGACCAUUCCUGGGACACCACAGCAAAAUGAUGUGGCUGAGCGUAUGAACAAAACUCUCAAUGAGUGUGCUAGGAGUAUGAGGUUGCGUGUUGAACUACCAAAAAUUUUCUGGACUGAUGUUGUUAGUACUGCAGCUUAA